UUGGCUAUCCAACUAUUGCUGUUGAGCUUAGCAUAAACAUUUUUUUUUUUUUUUUUUUUUUUUUGAGAAAGAGCUUAGCAUAAACUAGUAAUUAAGAUUCACAUAUCAUGGCGGGGCAGUCACGUAAAUGGAUGAUAUUGGUGGCAACAAUAUGGAUUCAGGCAUUUACAGGCACAAACUUUGAUUUCUCUGCCUAUUCUUCGUCUUUGAAAUCGGUUCUUGGGAUUUCCCAGGUGCAGUUGACUUACUUGGCCGUGGCCUCUGAUCUUGGAAAAGUGUUUGGUUGGUCUUCUGGGCUGACCUUGAUGUAUUUUCCACUCUGGGUGGUGCUGUUCAUGGCUGCUUUCAUGGGGUGUCUUGGCUAUGGCAUUCAGUGGCUCCUCAUCAGAAACGUCCUCACCUUGCCUUAUUUCCUGGUCUUUCUUCUCUGUUUGUUGGCUGGGUGUAGCAUCUGCUGGUUCAACACUGUCUGUUUUGUUCUUUGCAAUCAAAACUUUCCAGCUAAUCGUCCCCUUGCCAUCUCUCUGACAGUAAGCUACAAUGGUGUAAGUGCAGCCUUAUACGCUCUUGCUGCCAAUGCAAUUGAUCCUUCAUCUGAUGCAUUAUAUCUUCUUUUGAAUGCCCUCAUUCCUCUGCUCACUUCUGUUGUAUCACUAAUACCAAUUCUUCGCCAACCAUCUCUAGACCCUCUUCCACCUGAUGCAGUUCGCCGUGACUCCCUUAUAUUUCUCUUUUUGAAUUUCUUAGCAGUUGUUACCGGUAUUUACCUUCUUAUCUUUGGUUCUACCACAACUGAUUUAACAACAGCUCGUAUCCUCCUUAGUGUAGCCAUUUUCUUACUAAUCUUCCCUCUAUGUAUCCCUGGCGUUGUCUAUGCUAAAAAUUGGUUCCGUACCAUUCAUUCUAGCUUUCACUUUGACGGCUCUGGCUUCAUUCUUGUUGAGGCAGAUGAUCUUGAGCUUCAUAAGGAGCUCCUUUCACGUCAUGCUAGUAGUAUUGGCUCUAUUGGAAAUGGAUCACUCUCUCAUCUCUUAAGUGAUAAUGGAUCUGUGAUUGCAAUCACCAGACAGAAAACUGGAGAGAUUGAAGGAUGUUUUCAGAGAAUGCUUGUUAGGGAUCAGUUGGCAAUGCUUGGGCAAGAGCACCCAGCUGGAGUGCUUGUACGUAGGAUCGAUUUUUGGCUAUACUAUUUGGCUUAUUUCUGUGGAGGCACAAUUGGCCUUGUGUAUAGUAACAAUCUAGGACAGAUAGCACAGUCAUUGGGACAAAGUUCAAAAACUACCACCCUCCUUACUCUCUAUUCAUCAUUCUCCUUCUUUGGCCGAUUGCUUUCUGCAGUACCAGACUACAUUCGCGCAAAGUUCUAUUUUGCUAGGACUGGAUGGCUGACCAUUGCACUUUUGCCAACCCCAAUUGCAUUCUUCUUGCUAGCAAGUUCAGACAGUGCGGUCGUACUGCAUGUUGGCACUGCACUGGUUGGGUUGAGCUCUGGGUUCAUAUUUGCUGCUGCUGUAUCAAUUACAUCCGAGCUGUUUGGACCUAACAGCGUAGGCGUCAACCACAACAUGCUCAUCACCAAUAUCCCAAUUGGGUCACUUGUAUAUGGAUGUCUUGCUGCAUUAGUCUAUGAUGCCAACAUAAGCCCUGGCUUAGGAAACAUACUAAUGUCUGAUUCGGCAGUGUGCAUGGGGAGGCAGUGCUAUUUCUUAACAUUUUUGUUAUGGGGUUGCAUAUCAGUUCUGGGACUAGUUUGUAGUAUGCUGUUAUUUUUUAGAACCAGACAUGCUUAUGACCUUUUUGAACAGAACCGUAUAUCACAACUCUAUUAGUGGGUUGUGGUUAGGUUCAAAUAGAGAGUUGGAGAGGCACUAACUUGUACAGAUAUGUCAAUUGUGUACUAUUGUUUAGGCCCUUCCACAAAUGAAGAAGGUUUCCUUGUUUUUACUAAAUUUUGGAGAGAGAGAGAGAGAGAGAGAGAGAGAUGUUCUGAGCAAAUAUUUUGACAAUGAUAUAGUGGUUUCUGUGGUGACAAUGUUAGGAUGGCUCUUGUAAACAUGGAAGAUAUAUCGCUAGUGAAAUUAUUCAAUAUUUGAAUGUAAUACUUUCUUCUCUUGAUAGGGCCUCGUUUGAGACCCUUACUACUUAAUACAUGAUAGUGAAGAAAAGAGAUAAAUUAUGUAGUUGGACAAUGUUAUAUUGAAUUUGAUCAAUCGUAGGAUUGAUUUGUUUUGAA